GCGCAGGCGGGGAGCCACGGCGGUGGGGACAUGGCCUGGUAGUGUCCCCUGCGGAGACAGUGCGCAGUGCCAUCCCGGGCAGGACAGAAGGUCCUUCUUCUUCCCGGGGAGCUAAACGUCCUGCGACACCAUGAAGAAGAGCCAGACGGUGCAGGGUACCUUCAGCAAACUCUUCGGGAAGAAGCAUGCCAACCCGGCCGCCACGUCCCUCUACGCCACCAACCCGCCCUGGAUUUUCACCCAAGAGGCCCCGGAGGAAGGGACCAGGGGUUUUGAUGGGAUCUACUAUGGAGAUGGUCGAUUUGACACUGUGAGCGAGUCGGGAACAGCCACGUUGAAAGCUCGGCCAAGAGUCCGGCCUCUCCUGACUUUCCUUCCCCUGAAUGCCCAGGAGAGCCAUGGGCUGGCAGUGCCCACCCCUUCUGUCCCAGAAGACUUUGCAGAAAAAGAUGUGUCAGGUACCAGCUCACUAGUCAACGGUAACCUCCGACUCUACAGCUCUGUGGGUGACCUGCGGCCUGGGCACUAUGCCCUCGACCCACCCAUCCCUCCACCUCCUCCAGGCCCAGCCCCAAGGCCACCCCAGGACACUUCACAGCCUCCAGAAGAGUCCCCUCCACCACCUCCACCUUCCACUGCUCCCCCUCCCCCUCCCCCUCCCUCUCCCCCUCUCCUGCUGCUAGGACCUCCACCCCCACCCAGCACAGCCCCACCUCCACCUCCAAUACUGAACACCCUAUCUCCCUCAUCCACUCUCUCCCCGCCAUCCACACCCACCCCUCCUGACUUCAUUCCCCCUGCCCCACCAUUGGCUUUCCUAGACCCGCCUCCACCCUCUUUGCCAGCCCCUCCACCCCCAGUCUCUCCUCACACAAUGGGGAUUCGCCUCUUUCCCCCUGGGGGUAUCACCAAGUGGAAAUCAGAGGUGGCACUCAAUGGCCGGCAGUCAGAAACCCCCAGAACCAGCCCCCCUAAGAGCCCCGCUGAGCUACAAGGGAGCUCCGUAGGGCCUAGUCUGGAGUCCCACCUCACCUUCCCCAGGUCAUUUAAGGUGCCUCCCCCAGCCCCAGUCAGGACCUCAUCUAUCCCAGUUCAGGAAGUACCAGGGGCUCCCCUAGAGGAAGAGGGGACCUCCAAGAAGGUCCCUAGCCGCCUCCCACUGCCUCCCAGCUUCCACAUUCGCCCUGCAUCUCAAGUCUACCUAGACAGGGUCCCUGAGCCAGAGCACCCCAGGGAGCCUAGGCUCGAGACACCAAGCAGCCCAAGGCUCAGGCAGUCUGAGCUCCAGACAAAUGGACAAGCUGAGACCCUACCCCCACCCCCUCCUCUGCCUCCACCCGCCCCUCCACUCCCUCCCCCAGCACCCCCCCUGUCCCCAGCUGCUCCUUCUUUGCCCUCUCCUGAGCAGGCAGUUCCUCCAUCUGCUGGAUUUAUGAAGACCCCCAAAUCCAACUCACCUGCUCUCAAACCCAAACCCAACCCUCCCAGCCUGGAGGAAACACCUUUGUCAGAACCUGUGGACUGGAGGGACCCCAGGCAGAUGGAAAAGCUUCGAAAUGAGUUGGCAGCCUAUCUCUGUGGGUCCCGUAAAGAGGACUUAUCCAACCACAGACCAGUCCCUACAGUGGCCUCAAAGGACAAGGAAGACAAGAAGGGUCCAAGCCUGCCAGAGGAAGCAGCUCCCCCAAGCUGUCCUGAGAAGAUACUACCACGAGCUGCCGAAAAGGGUCCCUGCAGCACCAACUUACCAGAGAGACAAGCCACCAGCAGCCUGACCCUCCCCCCUGUGGACUACAUCUCUCAGGACACUCCAGCCCCCAGUGUCAGGCAGAUCCGGGAUGAGCUGGAGGCUCGGUUCUCCUCAUCCACAGAGAAAGAUGCCAGGCCCAGCAUAGCAUCACUGCCUCCCAAACCCUGGCUGGAAGGGGGCAGAAUCUUUGAAAACGGGACUGACUAUGGCAGAUUCCCUAAGCCUGUCACCAAGAAUGCACCCCAGCUGUCUGCCACCACUCAGUCAGCGGCAGUACUCCAGUCCAGGGCCACACCUGGGCCAGCCACACCCUCCAAGGCCACACCUGGACUGACCACACCACCCAAGGCCACACCUGAGCAGACCACACCACCCAAGGCCACACCUGGACUGACCACACCACCCAAGGCCACAUCUGAGCAGACCACACCACCCAAGGCCACACCUGGACAGACCACACCACCCAAGGCCACACCUGGACAGACCAUACCGCCCAAGGCCACAUCUGGACAGACCACACUACCCAAGGCCACACUUGGACAGACCUCAUCACCCACGGCCACACCUGGACAGACCACACCACCCAGGACCACACCUGAGCUGGUCAUCCCACCAUCUCAGCUGAUGACAGAGAAGGAACUCCUCCCUGGUGGGCAGAGGGAGAAGGUGGAAAGCCUAGGGGCUGCCUGGCUGUCGACAAGGGAAGCCCUCUCAUCUCCAGCCCUCCCAUCAAAGAUGCCCCCUGGUGGAGAAGAGGUGCCAUAUAUCUACAAGCCCCAUCGCAGCCAGAACAGCCCCAGCCGAGAGGUGGCUGUGGUGAUGCCCACGGUGGCCAGAGAAGAGGCCCCAGGAUUACGGGGACCUGUGGAGGUGAAGGAGCCCCAAAGCCGACCAGCCAAACCCCUUGCCCCAGUCCAGCCUGCUGACCAGUUCCUCAGACACCCCGUAACUGGGGAGGUGGUGGAGCAGGGCUCCCCAAUGGCCCUGCUCCUGGCGGCCAGGCAGAGGGCACUGAAGACCAGGCCUGGAGGGACUGGCCUGGGGCGGACCUCCCUGCCAGGGAGUCUCCGUGGUCAUAGCAACCAACCAGAGGUCAGCUCUGACAGCAUCUUUUACAACGCUAGCCGGCCCAACUCCUUCCUUGUGGUCCCUAAAGUACCCAGUGAGGCCGAGAAGGACCCUCAGCUAACCUCAGUGCGGCCUACUGGACCUGGUCCUUGGAAGGCCCAGACUGGAAGAGAUGCACAGGGCCCAGAGCCAGUUCACCGGCACGCGUGGAGGAGGGCUGAGCCCCCAGCCCCUGUGGCCUGGGCAACACCCGCCCCGUCCUGCCUCCCCCAGGGCCGAGUGCUCCCCAAGUCCUUCUCUUCUCCACCUUCUCCUUCCUAUAAGAGGGAAGAGGAGGAGGAAGAGGAGUUCGACUUUGAGAUCAUCCCGCCGCCACCUGAGUUCAGCAAUGACCCUGAGCCCCCCGCCCCCGCCCUGCAGUCCCGGGGCCACCGGGGGUCCCCCCCGAGGAACCAUUUCUCGGACCUGGGGCAGCCCCUGGAGGCGGACCCCGCGGCCCCUCCGGCUCGCGGCUUCUCUCGCUUUUCCGGCGCGCGGUACCCGGGGCCCGGGGGCCUGGACCGCUUCUCGGGCAGCGGCCGGUCGCUCAUCAAGAAGCGUCUGUAUGUCGGGGAGUCCUACCGCCACCCCGGGACGACCCGAGGCGCCACCGGCCGCAGCCUCAGCUCCCCCAACUGCUUCGGCCCGCAGCCGGGAGGCCCGGAGAUGCGGCGGGUCAACUCCGCGGGCCGCGCGCCCCCUGGCGGCCUGCACGGACGAAGGCUGUCGCUGGAAGGCUGCGCGCGGGGAGCGGCGGAGACCAAGUACCAAGCACCCGUUGGAGGCGGCGGUGCUGGUGGAGGCUGUGGUAGCGGAGGCGGCACUGCCAGCAGGUCUCCCCACGGCACCUCCCACUACGGAAGCCCCAUCAAUACGUUCACCGUGAGGCCUGGGACCCGACACCCCAUCUCCUAUGCCUACUCUGGGGCCCACCGGAAAGCCACGUCCUGAGCCGGGGUUCCCUCGACCAACUCCUAGGGGUUGGAUCUAGGCAGUUGUUUUUGUGGGAGGGUGGGAGGGUCGCAGCAGGUGUCACGGGGUCCAACUGGGACACUGGGAACCUUUGUUCUCAAGACAGACAGGCGGAUGUGUGAGCUGCGGUGGUCUGAGGACGUCUGUUUCCAAAAGCACAGCUGGGCUAUGGACUGCUGGCAGGUGGGGGUGGGAGGGGCAAAGAGAGGAAGUGCCUUUCUGGGACUGGGCACUGUUUCACUAUCUGGUACUAUGGGAUCUAGCAAGGUUUGUUGACAGUUGUAUAAGCACGACCUACUAAGCAGGUUCUAAAAGAAGGAACGGCUACCAAGUCUGCAGUGAAACCCACCAGGGUGCCAGUUUGCCUGUCUGACCCUCACAAAGGAAUGAGGCCCUGCUGUGCCCCAGGACACUGUCUGUUACCAGGAACAGGUACUAAAUAACUGGGCUUCCUAGCCACUCAGAGAUGAGACCAACAUGCACAACGAGAAGGUUCUGGAAUAGAAGUCCUAUGCAUUGGCUAAGGCCAAGGGUGAGUUCAUUUCCCUGGCCUUGGCACUUAACCACAGGGAGGCCUAGGGAUAGUUUAGGGAGACACAGGAUUAAGGCUUGCUUCUCCAUUAAGACCUAUGAAAGUCCUGGUUGGUUGGGGGGUUGGGCCCAAGGCAUCAUGAAGUCAUUGACACCCAACAAUGUUCAGGUCUCAUGGGACACCCCACGCCCAAGUACUACAGAUCACAAUAUUAUUGAGGACUUAAAAUGUGUAGCUAAGAAGCUGGAAGGCCCUGAAGACGGACAGCAGCGAUGAGGAGUGAGGUCUAAGUGUCUGCCAACACAGAAGCAGGUUUUCGAAGGUCAAGGGUAGCAGGAUGGGGCCAGUUCAGAGCAAGGGAGACCUGUCAGGAGGGUGACCGUUUGCCUGGGAAGUCCAUGCAUAUGCCUGUUUUCUAGUGAAUUAGCCUUCUAGUAUUUUAAGUCCUGGUUUACAUAGUAUGUGGUUGUCAGAUGUAUCAAGAACUGCAGUCCUUGGUCUCACUUUUCCUAUCUCCAGGGGGAUUGGCUGAAUUCCUGGGACCAGGCCAAGGCAAGUAAGGAGGGGCAGAGGAGUGGUCCAUCUCAGAGGAGCAGGGGGAACAGGAAACAGUGUCCUCUGGGAGCAACAUGUUCGGCCUCUAUGAUCUGAGGUACCAGCUGAACUCCUGGGUGGUUGGGACAGUAGGUGACCCACUUCAGGGAAAGCAAGCUUGGGCACCCAGAUGGCCAAGGCAGGGUGGCAAGUUACCUGGGUUCAAGAGGCCAACCGCCAACACCAACACUGGCUGUCUAAAUCUGUAUUUUCCCUGUGCAGUGUUUUAUAAAAGAGUUCACUAAUUAUUUAUCUGCCACUUGAGCAGUGGGGUAUGGCCUCCCAGCGGUGGCGUACUCUGGGGUGAGUAGAGAAGGGCUUGGUCACACUUGGCAUCGGAAAUAAACAGGCUAUUUUGGACUGGC